AUGGACACAUGCUUGGUCGUUCCUGGAAUGGCCACUGUGUCCAUGCACAAGUUCAUGAACCGGAGCAAGGAAAAGAGGGUUGCCCGUUUUACGUAUCAGUGGCAUUUGAUGGAAAAAGAUAGGCACAUCUCUGGAGUUAAUUGUUCAUGA